GCUUGCAUUGUUUGCGUUCGUCAUGAUUGGCAUUGAUAUCUUCCAAGGGUCGUCGGCCCAGCCGUUGCUAUUGGCGGCCGUCGCGGUUGUUAGUGCCGUCCUCUGGAGAUGCUUCUAUCGCAUCUACCUUCAUCCUCUAUCAUCAGUUCCUGGUCCUAAGAUCGCCGCCUGCACUUCGCUUUGGCUAGCAUAUCACACCUAUGUUGGUGACGAAUGCACUGUCGUCUACGAUUUGCACCGAAGAUAUGGACCGGUGUUGCGAGUCGCCCCCAAUGAUGUUGACAUUGCCGACAAAGAUGCGCUGGAGCCAAUCUACAUUGCUCGCGGAGGCUUCCCCAAGACAUCGGCAUAUUCCAAAUUCGAUAUUGAUGGACAUACGACGAUAUUCUCGACUUUGACUCUGCCCGAGCGAGCGACGCGGGCCAAGGCUGUGGCACCCCUGUUUUCUACCGCUUCCAUCCGAAGUUCUCAGAAAGCCCUGGGCGAAGUUUUCGACGAUUUCGUGGGCAGACUGCAGGCUGAGGCACGCACUGGCAGGCCGGUAAACGUGCUGAAUGCGACACGUGCCAUGGCGAUUGACGCCGUGAGUGCAUAUCUCUUCCACGAGAGAUAUGGAGCCAUCACGGAGAAGACAGAGUCGAUGUCGGCCUCACCAUUUGUGGACUCCUACGUCGGUGUGGGAGCCUUCUUCAACAUUGUGCCUGGAAAGAUCGGGGACUUUCUCAUGGCGAUGGUCGAGCGCUGGUCAACAAACACCACCGUGAAGAAAUCACACGGAUUGAUGGAUCAGUACACGCGACAGCUUAUCCAAACAGCAAGGCCAAAUAGUGGAAGUUACCAGAGCCGUCUUUUAGAAAAGACAUCCACAACGCAGUCGCAGAUUGAAGUAAAGGAUGUCUGCUUUGCAGGAACGGACUCUACCGGAAUGAACACUGCGACGAUUAUAUGGUACCUGGCCAGACAGCCAGAAACUUACGCUCGUCUCAGAGAAGCCGUUUUGAAGAAUAUCGAAAAUGGCGAGGACCCAACCACCUGCGCCUAUCUGCGCGGCGUCGUCCGAGAAGGUCUCCGUCUCUCAUGGGCAAAUCCCAUCCGUUUGCCUCGUAUGGUACCGGCUGGAGGCUGGCAGUUCCGGGACUUCUACUUCCCGGCUGAGACCAGUGUCGGUGUUGCGGCCUUCCAGCUGCAUCAGGAUAGCAGUGUGUUCCCUGAACCGCAGCGAUUUCUGCCUGAGCGCUGGGAUAAUGCAGACGACGCAAUGCUCACAGCUUUCUUCGCGUUUGGAAAAGGUACUAGAGCAUGCAUUGCCCAGUCGUUGGCGAUGUAUGAAGUCACCAUGGCUAUCUUCAAAGUAGCCGAGUCGGAUGUUCUCCGUGGAGCAACAGCUGUUGAAGAUCGAAUUGAAAUAAAAGAAUGGUUCAAUUCAAAAGUCAAAGGAGAGGAGAUUUUGAUACAGUUUUCGCGGGACUGAAGAAAUGCAUGCCCACACGCGUUGAAGACAAAUCAUAGACAUGGUUCCGGGUUACGCCACACUAUGUCACGCAAAUGGGAACUUUCAAAAAUUGUCUUGAGAAAAAUCAAUGUCCUCACCGUUUAGCCACUCAAUCAUUUCCUGAUAGAGGGCAUCUCGCUCUUUGCCAAAUAACUGAGGCAGGUUCUGCUUGAUCGGGUAACCUAACCGGCGCAUACCGUAGGCCAGAAACUGGUAGCCCUUAGGCUCCUUGGCUAAGGAUUCAUGGUCAAUGUUUGGAAGUCGGGUCGCAUCCACGGGCACCAUUUUAUCCUUCUCAUAGAUCGGAUGAUUGCAGAAGAUUUUCCAUCCAUCGGGUUGCUUCCCCAAGAAGAAUACAAAGCGACAAUCGC